AUGAGUAACGACAUACAAGAGAUUCAGCAUGAUCUGCAAUUGCGUUAUCCAGGCCGAUCAAAGGAGAUCUCUAUUCUAUUGGGACUUAUGGGAAACCCAAGCGAUGCCGUAGUACCUAGUGUGUUUAUAUAUGGCCACCCUUCGUCUGGAAAAACUAGCGUCGUUAAAGCUGUCAUGGAACGAACUUUAAGACGCUCUUCAUGGGCACAUGUGAAUUGUGUCGAACGUCACACACCACGCAUGUUGUUUGAACAUGCUUUGAAUCAAUGGUGCGAUUGGACACCAGCUUGGGAAAACAAAUUUAUGAAUGUUUGCAAGGCAGAUACCGCUCUUCAGUUUGUAAAGGCAAUUCAAGAAGGUGUCAUGGUUGGGAACAAAAAGAGACAGCUGGGCAUUGAUAGCACUUUGUAUUUGGUAUUGGAUAGAGCAGAGAGAUUGAGAGACAUGCCUCCAACUUUAUUACCAGUGCUAUUAAGAUUAUCAGAAAUGACGCAACGCAACAUUUGUGUUAUUCUCAUAAGCACAGUUGUGUUUGAGAAGUUCCGUGUAAAAGGCGGGAGUUAUGAACCCCUCUUUAUCCGCUUUUCAGAUUAUUCCAAACAGGAUACUCUUCAGAUAAUUCUACUGGACUUUUUGGCUUCUGAACGGCGAAUUGCCAUCAAUCCAAAUGAGAGUGAGGAGGAGGAAAAUGGUCAUGGUCAUGGAGAUGAAAAGGGAGAACUAAAGAUUGUGGAAUUGGAUGACGAUUUCUUUAUGAGCUUUGCUGAGAUCAUUUAUUCUAUCUUCAACCACAAUUGCAAGGAUCUUAAUGAGCUUCGGUAUUUUUCUGCUCUCCUGUUUCCUCUAUACCUUCAGCCUGUUCAGCAGGGGCGCGUCGAAGUACAUGAAAAAGCCAAGUUGUUCAAGUUUGCACAGCCUUAUUUUGCCGAAGCAACCGGGAAACUUUAUUUGAGAGAGAUAUCAAGUGCAGAGUGGAUCAAAGAAACUAACGAGUUGGAAGAACACGAACCAACCGACAAACCCAACCAUACGUUCUUAGCACAGACUCAAGCCCAUGAAAAAUCUGGUUUCGAUCUACCGUAUUAUACAAAGUUCCUCUUACUUGCGUCUUACCUGGCUUCCUACAAUCCGGCCCGCUUUGAUGUCCGGUACUUUGCAAAGAUGGGAGAAGAACGGAGGAAGAAGAAAGGAGGAGGAACCCAUAAAUCAAGGGCAGGGCAACCGGGGGGUGGAAAGAUGAGGCCGCAGCUCCUGGGUCCAAAAGCAUUUCCGAUAGAACGCAUGCUUGCCAUAUUUUAUAGCAUUAUUGAUGAACCGUUGGAAGACACAGUUGAUAUUCAACUCCAGAUCACUAGCUUAACAACUCUUCGUCUCUUGGUUCGUUCCACCAAUAUGGACCGAUUGGAUUCUGCCAAGUAUAAAUGCAAUGUUAGUUUUGAGUUUAUCAGGGCAGUUGCCAAGAGUGUCCGUUUUGAGAUUGAGAAAUAUCUUUAUGAUUUCUGCUAGAAAUAACAAUAAUAAAUUUCCAUACAAUUUGACAUAUUC